AUGAACCAGAUACAGGAACGUUUUUUCUUUCUAAGCGUUUGGGGGCUCUACUACUGUGAUUCAAGACAAAGGCCAGAAGCCACAGCAGCCGACGAAUGGGUGACCGAUCACACAGAUGGGAGACAUGUCGUCACCCAGUUCCAUGAAUGGCAGGCCGGAACUGGACUGAUCCUUUCUCGAGCUCGGAAACUUCCUAUCGCCACGAUAUUUACAACCCACGCCACACUACUCGGGAGGUAUCUCUGUGCGGCAAACAUUGAUUUCUACAACCAUCUUGACAAGUUUAACAUAGACAAAGAGGCUGGGGAUAGGCAGAUUUACCACCGGUACUGCAUGGAGCGAGCCUCUGUUCAUUGUGCUCACGUGUUCACCACAGUUUCUGAAAUAACAGCAAUAGAGGCAGAACACAUGCUGAAGAGAAAGCCUGAUGUAGUUACUCCAAAUGGCUUGAAUGUUAAAAAAUUUUCAGCUGUGCAUGAGUUUCAAAAUCUACAUGCCAUGUACAAAGCCAGGAUCCAAGAUUUUGUUCGAGGUCAUUUCUAUGGUCAUCUCGACUUUGAUCUUGAAAAGACUUUGUUCCUUUUCAUUGCUGGGAGGUAUGAGUUCUCAAACAAAGGAGCUGACAUCUUCCUAGAAUCCUUAUCCAGGCUAAAUUUCCUGCUGAGGGUGCAUAAAAGUGAUGUCACAGUGGUGGUGUUUUUCAUUAUGCCUGCCAAGACAAAUAAUUUCAAUGUGGAAACCCUGAAAGGACAGGCAGUGCGAAAACAGCUAUGGGACACUGCACAUUCUGUGAAGGAAAAGUUUGGAAAAAAACUCUAUGAUGCAUUAUUAAGAGGAGAAAUUCCUGACAUGAACAAUAUUUUAGAUCGAGACGACCUAACAAUUAUGAAAAGAGCCAUCUUCUCAACACAGCGACAGUCACUGCCCCCUGUGACCACUCACAAUAUGAUGGAUGACUCCACGGAUCCCAUCCUCAGCACCAUUAGACGGAUUGGACUUUUCAACAACCGUGCGGACAGAGUCAAGGUGAUUUUGCACCCAGAGUUUCUAUCUUCCACCAGCCCCUUAUUACCUAUGGACUAUGAAGAGUUUGUACGAGGUUGUCAUCUUGGAGUAUUUCCAUCAUACUAUGAACCGUGGGGUUAUACUCCAGCUGAAUGCACUGUGAUGGGUAUCCCCAGUGUGACAACGAACCUCUCCGGCUUUGGCUGUUUCAUGCAGGAGCACGUAGCUGAUCCUACUGCUUACGGUAUUUACAUUGUUGACAGGCGGUUCCGCUCUCCUGAUGAUUCUUGCAAUCAGCUGACUAAGUUUCUCUAUGGAUUUUGCAAACAGUCACGCCGCCAAAGAAUUAUCCAGAGGAACCGAACUGAAAGACUCUCAGAUCUUCUGGAUUGGAGAUACUUAGGCAGAUAUUACCAGCAUGCCCGGCACCUGGCAUUAAGCAGAGCUUUUCCAGAUAAAUUCCAUGUGGAACCCAGAUCACCACCAACGCAGACAGAAGGAUUUAAAUACCCCAGGCCUUCCUCAGUGCCACCUUCUCCUUCGGGGUCUCAGGACUCCAGUCCUCAGAGCAGUGACGUGGAAGAUGAAACAGACGAUGAGAGAUACGAUGAGGAAGAGGAGGCUGAAAGGGACCGGUUAAAUAUUAAGUCACCGUUUUCUCUGAGCCAUGUUCCUCGUGGGAAGAAAAAGCUGCAUGGUGAAUACAAGAACUGAAUUCCACAUGUGCCGAGCAGAGCUAAUUUUGCAAGAACAGAGUAAGAAUGAUUAUUUAAAAGAAUGAAAAUACUACAGAUUUCAUCAUCUUCUUCUAAAUAUUUCAAUGGAAUUUACUGUGUGCCUAAAAAGUGGAAGAGAUUAAGUAAAGGGCAGCUUUGUAAUUUAGAAUAAAAUCCAAGUUAUUCUCCCCACCUCAUGUUUCCCCAGUAAAUUUAAACACAAAGAGGAGAAUUAGUUAAAGGGGGAAGACUGGAUGUGUUUUUAAAAAUGGUGAACUCAAGCAAUAAGAAUUUUUCUUACUAGUGUUUAUUUUAAAAUUGUUAUUAUAAUCCUUUGCUUGGUAUUUAUUCAGCUUCUAUACCCCACCACGCAAGUCUCUCAUUUCCCCUACCCCAAAAUCCUAAUCUUAGCCAUGAAUGUAUACUACCUACAUAUUUUAAAUAACUAGUUCUUUAUUGGUUAUUUUCACUUUUCUCAUGGAUCAGAACCAUGAAUUAAUAUCUAGCUUUAAAAAGACAAAAUUCAUAAGCAAAUAGCUGUCUUAGAUCCAUAUCUUGAUGCAUAUUAAUGCAUAUUUAUGUCACUUUUGAAAUCUAGAAUUCAUGCCCAAAUUAACGAUAAAUAGAUGUUACCAUCUGCACUGUACCAUCUUACUGUAACAAUUUUUCUAUUAUUUAAAUGGAAGGACUUUUUGAAAAUUUGGUCAAUCUUCCAAAGCUGAUAAAUGGUUAAAUCCAAACGAAUAAAUACAUCAAUAUUUAAUAAUUUAACUUUUGUUGAUAAUGAGUUGUUUAAAAAUCUUUUAGACAUUUAAAUAACAUGUGUAAAGCACCUGUCAUGAAUAGUGCCUAGUGAAGAAUAACAUUUCAAACUAUCUUUUACAAAUAAUUAGUGGGGGCAAAAAAGAGAGCAUCUAUUUAGUUAUAAUAAGGACAAUAUCUCUAACAUAUUCUGUGAUGUGCUUAGAGACAUAGUGGAAUGAUUACAGUUAAGCAGAUUUAUGUUUUAAAUGUAAAUCUAAAUUUGGCAAAAACCAAAAACCACAUUCAGUCUUGGACUGCUUUUAUUGUAACUAAGUAGCCAUUCAUUGUAACUAAGUAGCCAUUCAUUAUAAGUUCCAUUGAGCUUACAGUAAACACUUUGAUUAAUGUAUCAGUUGGCUUUGGUCCGAAAAGGUUUUAAAAAGGUUUUGGUCUUGUCAGUGCUGGAUUGUUGAUGGCAAUAAUGGAAGAGUUACAACAACAUGUCAGAUGGUACAAAACCAGUGGAAAACUAAUCAAGCUCCCCUGUUGCCCGUUAGCUAGGAAAAGUAGAAGACUAUUUGGACACCAGCAAUAAAUCAGACCAAAAUGGAAGAUGGUUGCAAAUUCACCUUAUUUAGAGGUUCAGGAAGAAGAGAAAUAAAUUGCUUAAAACUUAACCCUUGAAAAAUACCCUGUGGAUUUGCACAAUUAACUCAGCAUCUGCAGAACAAUUUGAAAUACUCUGCACUGGGAAGCAGAAAAAUGCGAGAUGGAUUUAUAUUGCAAAUUCAUUUGCUGAAGUGCCAAAAAGAUCUCAUGAUAAAGAGGGGUUCAUGUUACAAUAACCAUGAAAAUGUAUCACUAGUAAAGUCACAGAGUGUGUGUAUGCAAAUAAUAGUUUUGAUUGGUAAUUGGUUGGUCUGUUAGUGUGAGCUGCGCAGUAAAAUAUCUCAAUAAAAUUUAACAUUUAAGUGCUUUUUGCUGAA